ACCGUUUAGUCCCUUCCACCUCUUCCCGACGUUUUCCUCUCCCCUAUGCCGACGCCCACUUCUCUCCCAUUUCAGUGACUCUCAUGCCGUACUUCAUUCUCUCCGUGCGUUCCACUAUCCACAACUGCUCUCCCUCUCUCUUCGUACCCCACUCCCUCCAUAGGUUCUCUCUUUGCUCUCAUCCUUCCGUCUCUUUCUCGUCCCCUCCCACUGCGGUUUUUGGGUCUGCCGUCUCCUGCUCCUCGGGUUCGUGUCGCCUACAAGCUUCCUCGCUGGACUUUUGAUGGAACGACGUCGGUUCCAUUGUUUUUUUUUAUUGCGUGUGCCUAGCGAGUCCCAAGGCUUUUCUCGCUCAUUUCCAUUCGGUUUCAGCCUCCGUGCACCGCCGCGCGCUGCUACACUAUACGGUGAGGCAUUCUGUGUGUGGGUUUUAUUGCCGGAGUCUCCAUCUCUGUUCUGCACUACUGCUGUUAUCACGCCGUAGCACUUUCCUUUUUAGAUUUAAGCCGUGACUAACUUAGGCCACCGGAGUCGACAUACAUCCCCGCCGCCAAGGUCAUUGAAAUAAGUCUUAGACAGCCUCACCUCGUUAUCAAAUUCAUUGUAUCACCGUAACGAAAUUUGGACGAUUUUGAUGGUUCAGUUGGGAAUCAAGAAUAUGAAGCAUGUGUGGGAUUAAUUUAGUAUAUUGGAUUGAGUACCAAAAGGUACAGGGCGUUACACUUAAAAUGGGCUUGAAGGAGUUAAUGGACAGACCUAAUUUGGUAGAAGUGCUUACCUUGAAUUGGGACUGUGGCUUAAGGAGCCUUGCAGAGUUUCUGACUCAUCAGCAAAGUAUUAGGUUGACAGCAAGAGAUUUCAGUUGAUCUGAAAAAAUAGUAUUUUUUUCAUCUUGUGGGAUCUCACUCAUUAAAUUCACCAUAGCUUGAAAAAGUUGUUUUGUUUCCCAAGUCAGAUUACAAAGCUGCAGGAGAGCCUCUAGUGGAUAUGCUUCCUGUGGGUUUGAAAAUACGGAGUGCCGCAACAAGGACCUAUUGUGUGGGCACUAGACAUUAUGAAGAUUUUUCCCUUUUCCUUGAAAAUAUACAAUGUUUAUCAGGCUUUAGAUCUAAUCACCAAGUCUUGUCAGCUGUUCUUAAAUCCUGCGCUACUUUCUCAGCCAUCAAAUUUGGGAAAACUCUUCAUGGUUACAUUGUGAAGCAGGGCCAUCUUACCUGUCACACUGUAUCUAAAGCUCUGCUUAACAUGUAUGCAAAAUGUGGCGUGCUUGAUGAUUGCCAGAGGCUGUUUAGUCAGAUUGGCAACUCUGAUCCCGUCACUUGGAACAUCAUCCUGUCUGGAUUUUCUGGGUCCCGAAUGUAUGAUGUGGAGGUGAUGAGAUUGUAUGAUGUUAUGCACAAAGGUGGUGAAGCUAAACCUAGCUCUAUCACUAUUGCUACCAUUCUUCCAGUGUGUGCACGGUUAUUAGAAAUCAAUAUGGGGAAGUGUGUGCACUCUUAUGUGAUUAAAUCUGGACUGGACACAGAUACCCUUGUUGGGAAUGCGCUGAUAUCAAUGUAUGCAAAAUGUGGGCUAGUUUGUAAUGACGCCUCGGCUGUGUUUAAUAGCAUGAAUGAUAAAGAUGUUGUUUCGUGGAAUGCAAUUAUUGCAGGAUUUGCUGAGAAUAAGUUAACGGGCAAUGCAUUCAAAUGGUUCCAAUGGAUGUUGGAAGGACCAGUGGAACCAAAUUAUGCAACCAUUGCAAAUAUUCUACCUGUUUGUGCUUCUUUAGAUGAGAAUGCUCCCUACCAUUUAGGAAGAGAAAUACACUGUUAUGUGCAACGGCGAACAGAAUUAAUUUCAGAUGUUUCUGUCCGCAAUGCUUUGGUGAGCUUCUACUUAAGAGGUGGAUGGAUGAAAGAAGCAGUAUCCUUGUUCCAGGGCAUGACAUCAAGAGAUUUGGUUUCAUGGAAUGCCAUAAUUGCAGGUUAUGCAUCAAAUGGUGAGUGGUUGAAAGCUUUGGACUUGUUUCGUGAAUUACUCUCUGUAGAGAUGAUUCAGCCUGAUUCUAUAACUUUUGUGAGCAUUCUUCCUGCUUGUGCUAUCUUGCAGAAUUUGCUGGUAGGGAAAGAGAUUCAUGGGUAUAUUCUUCGACAUCCAUACCUGCGCGAUGAUACAGCCGUAGGUAAUGCCCUCAUUAGUUUCUAUGCAAAAUGCUGUCACAUAGAAGCUGCAUUUCAGACGUUUUUGAUGAUAUUUGAAAGAGAUUUGAUAUCGUGGAACUCUAUACUCAAUGCGUUUGUGGAUGGUGGAUAUGACAACAAGUUUCUGGGCCUAUUAAACUGCAUGCUCAAUGGAGGAAUUAGACCCGACUCCAUUACUAUCUUGACUAUACUUCAUUUUUGUGCUAAUGUUAUGAGAGUAGAGAAGGUUAAAGAAACUCAUAGCUAUUCAAUGAAGACUGGUUUGUUGCAAGGUGAUAUUGAACCUACUGUUGGAAAUGCGUUGCUUGAUGCAUAUGCCAAAUGUGGAAACAUUGAGUAUGCAUUCAAGAUUUUUCAGAGUUUUUCAGGGAAAAGGAAUUUGGUCACCUACAAUGCAAUGAUCUCAGGUUACGUGAAUUGUAGAUCACAUGAUGAUGCAUAUAAGAUUUUUGACCGGAUGUCUGAAACAGAUCUCACUACCUGGAAUCUAAUGGUUCGAGUUUAUGCAGAGAACGAUUGUCCUGGUGAAGCUCUCAAUUUGCUUCAGGAGUUACAAGCUCGAGGAAUGAAGCCUGAUACAGUGACACUUAUGAGCUUCCUUCCUGUAUGCGCUCAAAUGGCCUCUGUCCACCAGCUGAACCAGUGUCAUGGAUAUGCACUUAGAGCUGGUUUUGAGGAUGCUCGCUUGAAGGGAGCUUUGUUGGAUGUAUAUGCAAAAUGUGGCGCUAUAAAGUCUGCUUAUAAGCUUUUUCAUUCAAGCACCCACAAGGACUUGGUUAUGUUCACAGCUAUGGUCAGUGGGUAUGCCAUGCAUGGUAUGGGAGAGGAAGCACUUAGUGUUUUCUCUUAUAUGCUUGAGCUGGGUGUGAAGCCAGAUCAUGUCAUCAUCACUGCUGUGUUAUCUGCUUGCAGUCAUUCUGGUCUUGUAAGUGAAGGGUUGAAGGUGUUUUAUUCAAUAGAGAAGGUCCAUGGAUUCAAGCCAACCAUGGAACAGUAUGCCUCUGUGGUGGAUCUCCUUGCUCGUGGUGGUAGGGUGAACGAUGCGUAUUCUUUUGUGGUUAGGAUGCCCAUUGAAGCUAAUGCAAAUGUGUGGGGGACACUUCUAGGUGCCUGUAGGACACAUCAUGAGGUAGAAUUGGGCCGUCUUGUGGCUGAUCGACUUUUUGAAAUUGAAGCUAACAACAUUGGGAACUAUGUGGUUAUGUCAAACCUAUAUGCAGCAGAUGCUAGAUGGGAUGGGGUCAUAGAGAUAAGAAAGCUUAUGAGGACUAGAGAUCUGAAAAAGCCAGCAGGAUGCAGCUGGAUUGAAGUGGAGAGGAGGAAAAAUGUUUUUGUAGCUGGGGAUUCUACUCAUUCUCAAAGGUGCCUUAUAUACAGCACUCUGAGUACAUUGGAUCAACAGAUCAAGGAGCCGGUUCAUUUUUAAUUUAAUCAAUGAGUUUACUUGUGUCUCCAAAUUGAAUGCAUAUAGCUUUUGGAGGCAGGCCAGUUGCUUUGGUUUACAGGUACACCAUCAUACUUGAGUUAUUUUUUGUUGUGAAAAGAGGGCUAGCUCCAUGUGUAGCCUAUGAAUAGUUGCCCUUUCCGAAAAUUUUAUAAGAAUUUACCAAACAGACAAGGUUGGAUCUGUAAUGACUGGAGAUAUAGCUGGCAGAUGGGUGGUUUCUGCACUUUCAGAUAAGGUGUGAUAAACUUGCAGGGUGGAGGCCUCAUUACGUCACCUGCCGACAUGCGGAUAAGUUGACUUAUCCACACCAGACUGCUAUAUUAUGUCCGAACAUUUGGUAAUCUUCCACUGAAGAAUUGAGCUUUCUUGGGUUAAUUGGUAAAGACGUAUUGAUUAUAGUUGGUUUAGGCAAGGGCAACUUGCCUACUUACAUCAUCUUGCUGUGCAAUGGGAAGUAACUCUCACACCCAUGAAAAUUUUGCAUAUUUCAUAGCUUUUAUUAUGGGAUUGUCUUUAAAAGAGCAAACCAUUUUGAUGUUACAGCUGAUCGUGCCGUCGAACUUAACCAACGAACACCAAUAAGAUGAACGGAGAUGAUGAAGCCCUGACUAGGCAUGGUGCCAAAUCCUUAUUUGCCUGGUACGAGGCACGUCCAUGGCCAAAUGCCACCUGCUUUGGCUAGCAAAUUCUUACCUGCUAACAGGCAACUAUUAUCGUUAGUUGAAAUUCGGUGGGCAUGAAACAUCCAUGCACACUAGGCGGUUCAGAGACUGAAAGAAAGUAGGCUGUGCAUACCGUUCAAGGACUCAACUUGUUCCUUUCUCCAUUACCAAGAACAGAAGGCGUAUGUUUUUCACAUUCAUUCACUCUCGCAAACACGAACAGAGCUUCAAAUGGAGGGAUGGCCUUUGUGAGGUGGAAUUUCCUUCAGAAUGGCUUGCAGGGUUCUGGACUCUGUUCCUUUCAAUGGUAUACGCUGCAAUCCUCUCUCUCUGUUGCGCUCCCUAACAUACCAUUUUCUCGUUUUGCUUCUUUUUUUGGUUUUCUUUUUUUGUUUAUCAUUAGUUUUGGUUUGGAUAUUAGUGCCACCAUCAAAAGUGAAGUGGGAAUAAAAAAAUUUUAGCCAAUCAUCCCCUCUCUCUCUCUCUCGCUCUCUCACGGUUGUAUGAUAAGUUCUUCUUCAAUCUUCUUCCAGUGUCUGGUAAAGUUUCGUUAUUGAUUCUGGGUAAGCUUUGAGCUUAAUAAACUUUGCCAUGUUUUAUGGCCAAAAUGGGGACUUGGUUUUCUUCAA